CCCAUCACCGACGGCGUGAUUGAAGGAGAACCCGACGAAAACUCCGUCAACGAGCUCGGUGACUUGAAUUGUCACGAGGGACAUGGUGUGGCUGUCGUGGUUGAUCGCUCAGUUAUGGUCGAAGAACGAUUGAACGACGACGAUGGACGUAGGUCGGAAAAAGGACAUCGGAGAUGGUCAGAUCCGCGACGGCGUGGAUCAAUCGGGCUCCGGGUCUGUUCACACAAUCGAGGGAGACGACGUAGGAGCCUUCGUCGUAGGGGCAUUCGGAAGUGACGAGGCAGCCGACGAGUGGGUAGAAGUGGGAGAGUGUGAGGGAGAGGGCAUGGUUCAACCCGCGGAGGAAUUCGACGAUGUGCAAGCCGGCGGAGGGUUUUUGGUAGAGAUGACCCUUCUGGAUGUAGUGGACGGAGAGCAUGAGGAGGUCCCAUGGAGGCAAGUGUAUUGGGCGUUUCAUUUCGUCAGCGGAAGGAAUGCUGCUGCAGGGCUGGAGGUUGUGUUCUGGUGGUGGUGAGGUUGGGUUGGGUAGGGAAUUGGGGUGUGUAAAAAAGAAAUUAGGUUUCUUAUUUUUUUUAUUUUUUAAUGAAUGUAAUAAUGAGGU